AUGUUGUCUCCGGACUUUACACCCGCUCCAUUCGUCUUGCUGGCCCUUUCCACUUGGCUUGUCUGGUGCCUAUGGAGUUUCUUCCGUCCACGAGAUCAACACUCUUUGCGUUCUGUCGCGAUUGUUGUCCUCGGGGACAUCGGGCGGAGUCCACGCAUGAUGUACCACGCUGAAAGCUUUGCCCAGCACGACUUUUACACCGACGUGAUAUGCUAUGGCGGCUCGAGGCCAAUACCCUCCCUCACCCGCGCAAAUCUCGACAUUCGAUACCUUCCUGAGCCGCCACGUUGGCUGACCGCGCUACCCUUCCUGCUUUCGGCACCAUGCAAAGUCGCGUUGCAAGUCUUCGCAGUUUUCUUGAAGCUGUUUGCAACACCGAAUCCGCCAGAGUUUAUCCUGGUUCAGAAUCCGCCCAGUAUACCUACCCUCGCGAUCGUCUGGCUUGUUGCGCAUAUGCGAGGCAGUAAAGUCAUCAUCGACUGGCACAAUCUCGGCUACAGUAUUCUCGCGAUGCGCUUUCCGAAGCAGGGCGAAAGACAUCCACUUGUAAGGGUUGCAAAAUGGUUUGAGAGGACGUUUGGACGCUCGGCGUAUGCCCAUCUAUUUGUAACGCGAGCAAUGCGAGAUCAUUUAGUGAAGGAAUGGGACCUCCAAGGUGUAAAAGUAGUUCUUCACGACCGCCCUCCGAAGCGAUUCCAUCGGACCACUCCACAAGGAAUUCAUGAGCUCUUCAUAAAACUGAACGAAUCACUGUCCCGGGAACCGUCUCUCAAGGGGUUUCUGACCACGUCAGAACCUCCGUACUCUAGCGCGUUCACUGCAAGUAAUGCAUCACCUUCCGAUCCACACUUAUCCAAUACUCCGCCACCACCGAGCAGCGCCAUUAAUCCGAUCUAUUCAGAGGUUGACGCGCCUUUCUUGCGAGACGACCGGCCAGCGCUGGUAGUAUCGAGCACCUCCUGGACGGCGGAUGAAGACUUCGGAAUCCUCCUCGACGCUUUAACCAAAUAUGAAGCCCGCGCCAGGACAACCCGGAAACUCCCGAAGCUACUGGUCGUCGUGACCGGCAAAGGCCCCCUGCGAGAACACUACAUGGCCACUGUUGCCUCUCUUCAAAAAAAACAAAAAUGGCAGCAUGUGCGCUGCAUUAGUCUGUGGCUGGAGCCAGCAGACUACCCGGUGCUGCUCGGCGGGGCGGACCUGGGCGUGUGUCUUCAUGCGAGCUCGUCGGGGCUUGAUCUUCCGAUGAAGGUUGUGGACAUGUUUGGCUGUGAGCUGCCGGUUUGUGCGUUGAGGUUUGGCUGCUUGGACGAGCUUGUGAAGGAGGGCGUCAACGGGCUUGUAUUCGACGAUGCGGACCAGCUGGCUGAGCAGAUGGAGACGCUACUCGGUGGUUUCCCUCAAUGUCCCAGGCUAGACUCACUACGCGCCAACUUGACACCCACCUCAGAUGUUGCGCGUUCACCUCCACACGCCCCCGAAGAAGUCUGGGAACCGUGGGAUGACCAUUGGGCACGGGUUGUACGACCAAUUAUCCUGCGGGAUGUCCGGGCAAACGAAGGAUAG